CGUCGUCGACUCUGAAAUCCGCCGCUGCGCUUCCAACGUCGCCGGCACUCUAAACAUUUUCCGGGAUGGAGGAAGAGAUGUCGAACCGUCGAGUAUCCAAUCGGACUCGCAAGGUCGCUACAAAGAUGGCGGCGGCUCUUACAAGCAAUGACAAUCGAACUCAGGCUGCUAUAGCUCGGCUAGAGGCUUUAGAGAAUGAUAAUGGUGCUAUUGAAGUGGUAGAUAUGAACGAUGAUGACGAAGCUUCUCUCGAUGAAGACGAUGAUCUCGGUUAUGUACAGAAGAAGCAACACAAAGGAUCAAAGCGUAAAACUCGACAAGCGAAAGCUUUAGAAGCUCGUAGAGCUCCUAAAUCCUUCCUUGAGCUGUUGCAAGAGGCAAAUUUGGAAUCUUUACCGGCGCAUGUGCCGACUUACUUGAAAGCAGCUGUUGGACCUCCGAGUUCGUCUUCUCGUCGUCAUUUCUGCUCGGUUUGUGGUUACAUUGCAGGCUACAAUUGUUGUUUAUGUGGGAUGAGUAGCUUUCUCUUAGAUUCACAGAUCUGGAGAAACUCACGGAGGACUCUCUGUUGCACUAUGGCUGUUUUACGUGUUGUAUCUGCCGUGCUCCACGAUUUCAGUGCUUCAACGAAGCGGUUUCCAACCUUUGAUUCUUCGCUGGAUGUGAUGAAACUCUCUUCAGAGUUGCCAGAAAUAAGAGUUUUUGGAGCAGAGAAGAGUUGCAUUGGAGAAAUACUUGGGCUGCCUAUGAUGUUGUAUGGUGCGGUGAAGCUUCCAAAACAGUUGUUUGGUGACGGCGGAGCCUCUGCCGAGCCAGUGCAUGAGGUGGUUCAGCCUGCCAGAAGAGGUAGGGAUUCAAGGAGCUGCCUGAGGCAGUCACUUUCUAAUGACUGAGGUGGAUCAAAACCACCAGUUGUUGAGAUAGAAAGAUAAAAGAAUUUUUGGAAAAGGAGAAGAUGCAUAAUCUUGAGCAACAAAUUAUCGGUGCCUCACAACAGGUAAGAUUUCAUCCUUGUUAGUUGAAUUAUGCAUCAUUCUGUCUUGCUAGUAAUCCAAUAGAGUCCAGAGUGUAAAAAGAAAGAGUUGUGUUCUUG